AUGAAUCCGCCACCCACGCCUGAGCGUGGAGUCAUGCUGGCGGCAGCGUUUCGUCGGGUCGCUGGAACAGGAGCAUCAGUGAAGACCGAGGUCACACCCAAAUCCAAGAAACGACCGUCGCAAGUCCCGCCUCCAUCUGCUGCUACACCAGCUCCCAUUCCCGGAAUGGGAGUCAUGGACCUGACCAGAUCCGAAGUCAAUCCUGCCGUUUCUCGCCCGGCGACGCAGUAUCACAACAUCAUCGUGGUGAAAGCGCAGCACACCCGACUGAUCAACCUGCCAGAAGCCGUUCGCACUAGGAUCUUCCGACUCGCCAUGAUCUCUCAUCUUCCAGUCCAGAUCAAGCGUCGUCCAUUCCCUGCCGAGCCCAAUCUUCUGUUCACCUGCAAGCAGAUUCGUAAGGAAGCACAGCUCAUCUUCUGGACGGAGAGUCGAUUCCAGGGUAGAGACGCUGUGUACGUCUGCACAAACAAGGCUCGUGCGCCUCAGGUUCUCUAUCAAAGGCAGCUAUCCGUACUCCUCGAGUGGCUAGAUAGAAUCGGCAAGGAGAAGGCYCAGCUUAUCAAGAGGUUGCAGAUCGAUUACGACGAAGAUUGUCAGUUCAAUACCCAUCCGGGAUAUCAAAGCAACUGGCCAGCUACAGCGGAGGAUGUGAUGAACCACAAAAAGCUAGGUCUGACUGUUGCGGCGAGGUAUGCUGCCAUCAAGAUCGUAAGGGGACUGCUGUUUCAUGGUGUGUCUUUGGAUGCGAUCAAGCCUGUUCCUAUCUUGAAAGGAGCCUUGCGGGCGGGACAGGGUGACCAGUUCGGCGCUUUGUGGAAGUUGUCGAUCGAGGAGGUGAUAGCGUUAUUGCGGGCGCAUUAG